AUGUCUAUCGUAUGGUUUGAUAGCAUAAGUCGUCAGCGUAAUCCAUGCAAGAGGCCUAGUGAAAACAAUAAUUUUUGUAACAAAAAACGGAAGAAUUACAGGCAUACACCUAUAUCUAAGAAAUCUCAGAUAAUUCAGUCAUCUGGCCCUAACAGUGUUACUCAUAGUCCUUGCGUCGUGGCUCCAUCUAUCCAAAAAUUACGUGAGAAUAUUUUGAAUGCUUAUGUAGUUAAAGAAACAGAAAUGAUAGCAUUUUUCCAUUUGCUGGAGGAUACCACAAUUAAAAAGUUUCUUGCCUUCGACAUGUGCUUCAAAUAUGCGGACAAUUUUGCGAUCGCCUAUGUGUUCGCCUAUUUUAAAAGAUGUAAUCUUUCAAUUCAAGAAUAUAAUCGAAUGAACUUUUUUUGCUGUCUGUAUCUUGUGCAUGAUAUAGAAGAAGAUGAUGGGGAUCACAAAUAUGAAAUUCUUCCAUGGGCUCUUGGCUCAUUUUGGCAACAGAAAAUAUCGAGCUUUUCUCGACAGAAAGAGGCUUUAUGGGCUAGAAUGGAUUAUCGAGCUGUGGUUAGCUAUAGAUGCUGCAAAGAACUAAUGAGUAUUUUUCCAUCACAUCCUGUAUGGGGCCGAAACAGACUUCCACAUCAUGGAGGAGCUAUUCGAGCUUAUCUAAAGCCCACUGACUCGAAUAUUCCGCAGGGUCCGAAGUCUCUUCCAAGACUAUGUGAUGCCUGUAAACUGUUCUAUGCAAGAGACACUGUUCCUAAAUGUUUAAUUGCAAGUGAAAACUUCCUUACCCCAGAAAAUUCCCCAAACCUAAAUGACUCAGCUUUCCAUAGUCUAUUUGAAGACGAUUCGUUCAGCAGCUUUAGAAACGAGAAUGGACCAAACAUGAAUACUGGGUUUCAAUCAUAUAAUUCAUGCUGUAAUGAAAGUUGGCUCUCUCAAGAAACGUACUGUUAUGAGCGAACCAUUUCUGGUAUUGAAAACGAAUAUUGCCUUAUAGAUGAAGAAUAA